GAACCAAUAACGCUCGAGUUGUAGUUUCAAUCCGGAUACUUUUAUUGGUGGGACGCAGUAAUGAUAAACACGUGAGGGGUGUUUUGUAGCUGACAGCUGAUAUCUGGAAAUCUUUUUGUGCGAACUCAAAAUGACGAGGUGGGCCAGAGCAAACAACGUCCAUAAAAACAAAGCAGCCGAUGCCACACCAUGGAAGCAGCUGAAAGCGAAUAGGAAUGCUGGAGAAUCAGGAACUAGCGGCGGUGGUCGACACAUCCAGCGAGGAGCAGGCGGAACGAAAUCCAACCCGAAAAGGAAGAACGUAGAGCAUGACAUUGAUGACGUGAAUGGGUUUAUGGAGUAUUUAAAGCAGACCGGUCAGGAGCUGCAGAAAAAGACUCCGGCAGACCGGGACCUGAGAGAAGACGUGGCAACUGCGCUGAAGAAAGACGGACGACGAGAGCACAGACGGAUAAAGAGGCAAAACGUUAAAAAGAAUAAUAUGAUUUGCUUUAACUGCAGGAAGCCUGGUCACGGGCUCGCCGACUGCCCAGAAGCAGAUAAUGAUGAAGAGAUGGGCCGUGGUAUUUGUUAUCGCUGUGGUUCCACUGAACAUGAGAUCCAGAGAUGUCGCGCUAAAGUGGAUCCUGCCAUGGGUAAUUACCCGUACGCCAAAUGUUUUAUCUGUGGUCAGACUGGUCAUCUGUCCAAAGCCUGCCCUGACAACCCAAAAGGACUGUAUGCUGCUGGCGGUUGCUGUCGGGUUUGUGGCUCAGUGGAACACUUUCAGAAAGAUUGUCCUGAACACCAGAGCUCAACUAAUUCUAUCACUCUUGGCCGGCUGUCCAAUAGAAUCAGCGCUGACCACGAGGACGUACAUGUGCCUGUGAAGAAAGCACAACCCAAAAAAGACAAGGUGGUGGUGUUCUGAUCCACAGCUGUUGGGGGAAAUCUAGAAAUGGACCAUUUAACCGCUAAUGUCUUCCCCAAUAACUGUUUGCCAUGGAUGUUUUUACACACAAAAGUGACUCUUCAUGUUUUGAGGCCAUUUACUUGCUGUAAAAGAGCCUUGUGAUGCCUGACCCUUGUGGACAUCACAUAUGUGCCUGAUCUAAAGAUUUAAUUAUGGAUUGUGUUUUAAUGCUCAAGCCUCAAAGAUUGAGAGAAUUUGAAUAAGAAAAGCAGCAUUUAUUUACAAGACACUUUUGUACAAAUAUACUCUAUAAUUAAGUGUGUUUUCUGUGAUGGUAUAUUCUAUUUAUAGGAACAAUUGUAUAAAUAUGCAUUCUGCCAAUAAACUUUGCGUUUUCUCACAAAACCACACCA